UUCGUAUUAAUGUGAUCUAGAUCUACUUGAUUUGUGUUUUCUCAUCAGAUAGGGCUUUUAAGUGACCUACUUUCAAUAUCUUUUAUAGAUUAAUGAUUAUUUCCCUUGAGUAGUUAAAGCUAAAACUGGACUUGAGAUCUAUUUCUAUAUUUAAUUAAUAGAUUAGAUUCUAACAGUAUUACACACGCAACACGGCGUAGUUUCAAACUACAUUUUUUGUUGAUGUAAUGAAUGCUGACAUUAUGUCUUUAUAUUAGUUCUCAUCAGACUGUCAGAAAAGUUACCAAAAUAGCUGGUUAGCAGUGUGAAAAAUUAUUGUUAAGAUACUUCACAAAACUUAUCUUACAAGAGAGAUCAGGGACUGUUGAGUUUUCACUUAACUCUUUUUUAUAAAAACUAAAGUUCUACCAUGGAUCAACCAACAGGAAAUGGUUAUCAUCAAUCUAUGCAAACACCAACAGACAGGCAUAUCACUAGAAGCAUUUCAGGAGAAUCCAACAGAUAUGCUAAAAUGCGCCAGAUGCAUGGAAAAAGUAGUGCUGAUUCAGGUACUGGGGUGUCACUUAGUUGUGACAUUGAACCAGAAUCAAUCUCUAAUGGCCAGCAUAAUUCCAAUGCAGCAGACAUUGGUGCUAAUGAGGCACGACGUCUUCAGUGCAGACAACCCAGUGCUAAUGGUCCAGAUUCUGGGCUGGCUGAGUCACCAGGUGGAGAGCCAGAAAGGUUUAACUUUCCCCCUGGCAAUUAUCCAUUUAGACACUCUAAUAGUGAACCCACCAAUCACUGGCCAGGACAUAACCACCAGCAUGGCAUAGGCUCCAGGCAGACAGAACAAUCAUCCAGAUCAGUUGAUUUGCCUUGUGCAUCAAGCACACUGUUAAAGGAGAGUUUUGAAGGGAGAGUGUGCAGCGGUGACAGUUUUCAGUCCCAUUCUACAUCUGCUUCGUUAAACAGAUUACAUCGCCAGAAACCUGUUGAUCAAUGGGAUGAAAGUUUUGAUUUGCCUCCUGCACAAUUUUCUGUACCAAGCUCCGCCACAUCAAGUAUGUUUUUGUCCAAUGGAUCUGUCAGUCACAAUUCACCUUGUUUCUCCUUACCAUCUCCACCAGCUGUUCCCAAAAGUAGCUUGGAUCAAGUGACCAUGGAGUUGAUCAGAGCCAAGCUAACAAUAGAACAGUUAAAUGCAGAGAGAGAAAUAAAGGAGAAACAUCAUCAACAACAGGUUAAUCGACUUCAUGAAGAAAAUAAAUGUCUGCAGGAAAAGGUCACGCAACUAAAAAAAGAAAAUGACGAGCUAAAAAAAGAAAAGGAAGAAAUAGAAAAUUGGAUGGAAGAAACAAGAGAUCUAGACUCUGAUUAUCAGCAAGAAAGACAGCCACAGCCCCUGAUGCACCAUUCAGAUGAUGAAACAGUUCCAAAACAACCAAUCAGUCCAGAACAAAAUGUGUCGGACACAGAGAUGAACAUACAUCAUAAAAUAUGAUGCUGAGAUAAACAUGCAUCAUGAAGCUUUUAAAAAAAAUUUUUUCAACAAAUACCACUUCUGAAAUUAUCACCAUACUAAAGGCAAGCAAAAGAUCUAUUAAUGUAUUAAUAAUUUGAACAAAACACAGCAAGCUAUAUACACCAUAGAACUGUUGAUUUUAAGUUUAUA